CCUUUACAUCAAGUAUCAAUAUUCCGAUGAAAGCUAUCUAGUGAGCUAUACUUAAUCUCAUAAAAGUAAACCAGAAUGGCAUCAAGCGAGCUGUUUACAGUCCCAAUUCCUUCUCUCAAGUCACACCAAGGAGGCAGCAUCAUCUGCACAUCUCCCGAGCCGAAAGUCUACGUCCUCACAUGGACAUCUCCUCCAGACAACAGGCUGACGCCUGCCUUUAACACGUCGCUCCUAACCGCUCUCGAUAUCAUCGAGUUCGGCUACCCACCAGGUGUCGUCGUAACAACUUCCUCCAUUUCCAAGUUCUACUCCAAUGGACUCGACCUACAGCUUGCCAUCUCAUCACCGGGGUUCUUCCAAAAUAGCCUGUACCCGGUGUUCCGAAGGUUCUUAACAUACCCCAUGCCAACAGUCGCUUUAAUCAACGGCCACGGCUUCGCAGGCGGUUUCAUGCUGGCCAUGCAUCACGACUACCGUGUCUUCGCUGGCGCGAAGGGGUACCUAUGCGUGAACGAGCUUGAGUUUGGGGCGCCGCUACUACCACCUAUGAGUUCUAUUUUCAGGAUAAAAGCGGCUCCUCAUGUGUACCGUGACAUGGUACUCGAAGCACGGCGCUUCGACGCGAAGGCUGCCCUGGAAGCUGGUCUAGUAGAUGCUGUCGGCGAGAUGGACACGGUGCUAAACUUGAUCAAGGAACGGGCGUUGGUUAAGAAGGGAGCCACCGGUGCCUACUCGCUUUUGAAGACGGAGAUGUACCGCGAAAGUGUAGCCUUGUUGGAGGCCAAUGGCAAAGACGCCGUAAACCCCGGCGACAUGCAAGCACCCGAGAAGAAGAAGAAAGCCGAAGGAGCGAAACGGUUUAAGGAAUGGAAGGAUGCACAAGGUGGAGAUAAAGCUAAGUUAUAAUAGCUUGCGAUUUUAUGUUAUUUUCUAUUUUUCAUGUAUUCAUUUGAGUCCUGAAACUCGAAAUGCGUGGCUUCAUGUAACUGUAAUUUAGUCCACUUUACGUGUCGCAUACCCCUAGAAACCUUGGACGGUAAAUACUGCGUAGCUCAAAAUAAACUAUUCAAAGAUUUUAUAUUUGAU